ACAAAACAGGAAGUAACGUCUGUUGAUAGCGGCUAUGCUAACUACCCAGCUAGCUUAGGUUCCGUUUUACAGUCUUCCUAGUUUAUUGAGUAAACGACACAAGUAACUGGUUACCAGUUCACCCAGUGGAUGACCAAAGCGCUGCUGUGAACGUUAUGACUCAGCCACAUUUAGAGGUCAGCUGGUAUUCUUAGCAUUAGCCUGUGUGCCCAGCCAAAGUCCGACGGGCAGACAUGGAGACUCGGGGGAUCGAGGACAUGUUUGACUUUCGUCGGUUCCCCAAAGACACCGUGGCUCUCCUGCUGUUGCUCAUCUACUGUCCUGUCGGCAUCUGUCUAAUGUUGAUACGGAUUUUUAUCGGGGUUCACGUUUUCCUGGUCAGCAGUGCAAUCCCAGAGAGCUUUGUGCGAAGAUUUGUUGUUAGGAUAAUGUGCUCGGUUCUCGGGAUGCAUGUGAGACAGAGGAAUCCUCGAUCCCGAGAUAAAAACACCAAACUCUACGUAUGCAACCAUGUGACAGAGUUUGACCAUAACAUCAUCAACCUCCUGACCCCCUUCAAUACCCCCCAGUUGGAGGGCUCCACAGGCUUCAUGUGUUGGGCCAGGGGCUUCAUGGAAAUCCAUUCAGCAUCUGGCCGGGAAGCCAUAGAGGAGUCUCUUCAGCGGUACUGCUCUACUGAGGGCGUCCCGCCUUUGCUCAUCUUUCCUGAAGAAGACACCACCAACGGCCGCGUCGGUCUGCUCAAGUUCAGCUCGUGGCCUUUCUCACUGACCGAUUCCAUCCAACCUUUGGCCUUACGGGUGUCCAGACCUCUGCUUUCUUUGAGCACAGUAGAGUCCAGCUGGCUAACAGACCUCUUGUGGACUUUUUUUGCUCCGUUUACAGUGUAUCAUGUAAGUUGGCUCCCAACAGUUUCCAGACAAGAUGGAGAGUCUGCCCAGGAGUUUGCCAACAAAGUGCAAGAGCUUCUUGCUAUUGAACUUGGACUGGUCUCCACCAAGAUUACUAAAGCUGAUAAAGCCGAGCACAUUAAAAGAAAAAGACAUUCGGCCCCGCAGACAUCUACACGUGCCACACCUGGUUCUAUUGGGCUUGGAUUCAUGGCUCAGAGUUUGGGUCCAGAUGAUCACCGGAUCACUAGGAUGGUCCAGCAGGUGAAGGACGUGCUGCCUCACGUCCCAACCAAUGUCAUCACCAGGGAUUUAGCUCAAACCAACUGUGUCGACACCACAAUAACAAACCUCCUAGAACACAAAGACGAAGGGUCAGCUGAUGCUACUGGGACGUCAGCAUUUGGAGCUUCCAGCAUCGGCUCCUUUCCCUCUGGUUCAUCACCAUCCUUAAAGCCUGCUGCCAAAAACUUUGGGAGAUCACCGGCUGACAGACAUUUGUCUCUCCAACAAAGAAAAGAGAAGUUGUAUAAAUACGCCAGAAGACGUUACAUUGAGAAGCAUGGACUGGGACUGGAAGAAGGCCACUGAACACGUUUGAUCAAAACGGGUUAGAGAGGAGAGUUUCCAACCUGUCCUGCUGUCUGUUCUCAAAUGUUUUUUUUUUUUUUUCUAUCAACCCCCGUCGAGCUGGAAGACAAACAGUUUUUGUUAUUUGCAGAUUCAGAACAUUUACACUUUCAAUGGAAAAGGUGAUUUAUGCACGCGUCUAAUUCUUCAUCCUGGCCGAGCUAUAAUUUUGAUAACUGUUUGUAUAACAAUUCACUGACUGUAAAUCAUCUAUUUAUUUUUAUAACUUCAGAGUUGUGGAUGAAAAUAAAGUUCAGCUUGACCUUGGUUUGAAGAAAUUA